AUGUAUCUAUCUAUCUAUAAGUAUGUUUCUCUUGCCCUCUCUCUCUUUCUAUAUCCUCUUUACAUCUAUCUAUCUAUCUAUCUAUCUAUCUAUCUAUCUAUCUAUCUAUCUAUCUAUCAGUGUGUUUCUCUCUUCCAACUCUCUCUCUUUCUAUUUAUGUAUACAUCUAAGUGCAUUCAUAUAGAUCAUAGCUUGUUCGAAUCUAUCUAUCUAUCUAUCUAUCUAUCUAUCUAUCUAUCUAUCUAUCUGUGUGUUUCUCUCUCCCACCUCUGUCUCUCUCUCUUUCUAUUUAUGUAUACUUCUACGUGCAUUCAUAUAGAUCAUAGCUUGUUUGAAUCUAUCUAUCUAUCUAUCUAUCUAUCUAUCUAUCUAUCUAUCUAUCUAUCUAUCUAUCUAUCUAUCAGUAUGUUUCUCUCUCCCAAGUCUCUCUCUUUCUAUUUAUCCUGUUUACAUCUAUCUAUCUAUCUAUCUAUCUAUCUAUCUAUCUAUCUAUCUAUCUAUCUAUCUAUCUGA